AUGCUUCACCGCUUCGGCGACGAGAACGCCCCCAAGACCCCGGGGAAGGCGCGGCCCGACCGCUUCAUCCCCAACCGCAGCGCGCUGGAUUUGGACAUCGCCCACUACAACCUCGUGAAGGAGAACGCCAAUGCCAAUGACCUGGACCUCGCGGCGGAGGUUGCGUCGCCCAGCAAGGAGGAGUACAAGAAGCAGCUGGCGAGCAACUUUCUGAGCCAGGAUGGGGGCGCGAGCUCGGCGAAGAUCCUCGCGUUCAAGUCCAAGGCUCCCGAGCCCCCCGCCGGGAUGGAGAAUUCCGCUCGCGGCGUGUACACGAACAACGCCGGCGCGGGGGUCAAGUCCAAGAAGACGUUCAGGCACGUCCCCUCCGCACCGGAGCGGAUCCUCGACGCGCCCGAGCUCAUCGACGACUACUACCUGAACCUCAUCGACUGGGGAUCCACCAACCAGGUCGCCGUGGCGCUCGGAUGCGUGGUGUACCUCUGGAACGCGGACAGCGGCGACAUCCAGCAGCUGUGCCAGACGGAUCCCAACAACGGUGACGAUUACGUCACCAGCGUGCAGUGGGGCGGCGACGGCAAGCACAUUGCCGUCGGCACCAACGACGCCGAGGUUCAGAUCUGGGACGUGAGCAGGCUCAAGCAGGUGCGUACCUUGCGCGGUCACAACGCCCGCGUCGGCGCACUCGCGUGGAAUGGCACGCAGCUCGCCACGGGCAGCAGGGACAACACCGUGAUGAUGCACGACGUUCGCAUCCGCGAGCACCGCACCGCCACGCUCACCUCGCACUCCCAGGAGGUUUGCGGGCUGAAGUGGGCGCCGAGUGGCAACCAGCUCGCGUCCGGCGGUAACGAUAACCUGCUGCACAUCUGGGACCAGAACUCCAUCGGCAACGGGACGCACCUUCACAGGCUCGACGCGCAUCAGGCGGCUGUCAAGGCGCUCGCGUGGUGCCCUUUCCAGUCCAACCUGCUCGCGUCGGGCGGCGGUACCGCGGACCGCUGCAUCAAAUUUUGGAACACCAACACCGGCGCGCUGCUCAACAGCAUCGACACCCACUCGCAGGUGUGCUCCCUCCAGUGGAACAAGCACGAGCGCGAGCUGCUCUCGUCGCACGGAUACUCUCAAAACCAGCUGUGCCUGUGGAAGUACCCCACCAUGACCAAGAUGGCGGAGCUUACCGGUCACAGCGCGAGGGUGCUGCACAUGGCGCAGUCCCCCGACGGCACCACGGUGGUGUCGGCGGCGGCGGAUGAGACGCUCAGGUUCUGGAAGUGCUUCUCGGAUUCAGACGCGGGCAAGGCGAAGAAGCUCAAGGAUGGCGCCUCCGACAGCAGCGUGCUCAGGCGCUUCAACUUCCGCUAA